AUACAGAGUAAUCGACCUGUAGGAGUUGCUGACAUUUCCUCAAUGUCAAAGUUAGCCAUAAUUCUUUUCAAUCACUGACAGCGUUAACAUCAUGCCCAGUUUCAAGGACAAAGUGGUUAUAGUUACUGGAGCCAGCUCUGGCAUUGGGGCCGAAACUGCUGUGCAUUUGGCCAAGCUAGGUGGUCACCUAGUCGUUGUGGGUCGCAAUGAGAAGAACUUGGUGCAGACGGUUGAGAGAAUUACCGCUGAUGAUGGAGAACCAGUACUGAUGAUUACAGCCGACAUGAACAAUGAGGCGGAUGUGCAGAGGAUAGUGACCACCACAUUGGCAAUGCAUGGACGCAUCGAUGUUUUGGUCAAUAAUGCAGGAAUUCUAGAGUUGGGAAACAUUGAGAAUACUAGCCUAGAGCAGUAUGAUCGUGUGAUGAAUACAAAUGUCCGUGCAAUCUAUCAUUUAACCAUGUUGGUCACUCCGGAGCUGAUCAAGACGAAGGGCAAUAUUGUGAAUGUUUCUAGCGUAAAUGGAAUCCGUUCUUUUCCUGGUGUCUUGGCUUAUAAUGUGUCCAAAGCUGCUGUAGAUCAAUUUACACGUUGUGUUGCUCUCGAAUUGGCACCCAAGGGAGUGCGCGUUAACUCGGUCAAUCCUGGUGUCAUUAUAACGGAAUUGCAGCGACGUGGUGGAUUAGAUGAAGAGGCCUACAACAAAUUUCUGGAACAUGCAAAGGUUACACAUGCCCUUGGCAGGCCUGGAGAGGUAUCAGAAGUGGCAGCAGCUAUAGCUUUUCUAGCCAGCGACGAGGCCAGCUUUAGUACUGGCAUCAGUUUGCCCGUAGACGGUGGACGUCAUGCUAUGUGCCCAAGAUAAGUGGAUUUAUCCCAUUUGUACACACAUUUAAUAUAAGUUGGUUUUUCUUUUUGUCAAGAAUGAGAAUAUAAUUCUACAAUUGUAAAUGUAUUGAAUGUAAUUCUUAUUGGGAAACAUGUAAAACUGCAUCAGA